GCGGGCGCGCCCAGGUAGGGGGGCUCCGAGCGCGCAGUGCGGACCCUCGCGGGAACCUGCGCCGCCGCCACCAUGUCUCAAGAAGGUGUGGAGCUGGAGAAAAGCGUCCGGCGCCUCCGGGAGAAGUUUCAUGGGAAGGUAUCCUCCAGUAAGGCGGGGACUCUGAUGAGGAGAUUUGCCAGCGACCACACGGGAGUGGGGCGCUCCAUCGUGUACGGGGUAAAGCAGCAAGAUGGACAGGAACUGAGUAAUGACCUGGAUGCCCAGGACCCACCGGAGGACAUGAAGCAGGACCAGGACAUCCAGGCUGUGGCAACCUCCCUCCUGCCCCUGACGGAAGCCAACCUCCGCAUGUUCCAGCGAGCCCAGGAAGACCUCAUUCCCGCCGUGGAUCGGCAAUUCGCCUGCUCCUCCUGUGACCACGUUUGGUGGCGGCGCGUACCACAGCGGAAGGAGGUGUCCCGGUGCAGGAAGUGUCGAAAGCGCUAUGAGCCGGUGCCCGGUGACAAGAUGUGGGGUGUGGCUGAGUUCCAUUGCCCGAGGUGUCGGCACAACUUCCGGGGCUGGGCACAAAUGGGGUCCUCAUCCCCCUGCUAUGGGUGCGGCUUCCCCGUGUAUCCAACACGGAUCCUCCCUCCGCGCUGGGACCGGGACACGGAUCGCCGCAGCACCCACACCCACUCCUGCUCGGCUGCCGAUUGCUACAACCGGCGAGAGCCCCACAUGCCUGGGACGUCCUGCGCGCACCCCAAGAGCCGGAAGCAGAACCACCUACCCAAAGUCCUGCACCCCAGCAACCCCCACAUCAGCAGUGGUUCCACGGUGGCCACCUGCCUGAGCCAGGGGGGCCUCAUAGAAGACCUGGACAACCUCAUCCUGGAGGACCUAAAGGAGGAGCAGGAAGGCGACGGCAGCGACGACGGGGAGGAGGGUGGGCCUAGGGAGUGACCCCAGACAAGGGGCAGAUGCACACCAGACACACUCUGUGGAGAUUUUGUGUUGUUAUAAAAUAUGAGCUCAAACUGA